AGGCUUGAAUCGCCGGGCGAGGCGCGGGUCCGUCUGGCUGCUUCCCGCUAGCGCCGCGCUAUGGACGCGGAGCAGGCCGAGGUCCGCGUCUUGGAAGCCGAGGUCAAGGCUCUGAAACGGGCGUUGGAGGAGCUGCCGGCGCCCGGAGAAGACACCGCCCGAGUCCAAAAAUCAUUUCAAGAAAUAUACCAAUCAGAUUCUGAAGGAUGGGAAACUUCAAAAGAUCUGAGAAGUAAUCUUGGAAAUUUAGAAUCAGAACUUCUAUUUCUAAAUACGCUUACUGGUAUCAAUAUCAGAAAGUACUCCAAGAAGACAGAGAACUUAAUGAGCGCUGAGAUGACAGAAAGGCGUAUAAAGAAAGUUCUACAAAGACACAAAUUAUCAGGAAAUUGCCACAUGAUUACAUUUCAAGUUGAAUUUCAGGUUCUGGAAGUCCAGAACAAGGACAAUUUGUCUUCCGUUAUUACUGACCUCAACAUAAUAAUGGAGUCCACUGCAUAUUCAGAAUUAAGUGAAUUUGUAUCUAGAGCAGAAGAAAGAAGAGAUCUGUUUAUGUUUUUCCGAAGCCUGCACUUUUUUGUGGAAUGGUGUGAAUAUCGGAAGCGCACAUUUAAACAUUUCAAGGAGAAGUACCCAGCGGCUGUGCAGCUCCCUGAGGGGGCCUCCUCCAGCUGCAUGAGCAUCCGGAGCGCCAGCCAGCCAGGGUUUGAGCUAGUCAUCGUUUGGAGGGUGCACAUGGAUGAAGAAGGGAAGGUUCUGCCGAAGCUGGAUCUUCUCACCCAAGUGCCACGGCGAGCCCUGGAGCUGGACCAGAAGGGAGCAGUCGCAGCCGCUCCGCGCAGCUUCCGGGCCCUGCUGGGCGUGCUGGGCAUCGAAGCGGCUCUGGAGAGCCUGCUGAGGCUGCUCUGCGCGGAGGGAAGCCCGGUGCCCACUCAGCCACGCCUGGGGCCUGGGGCCGCUGAAUAGAAACACUGGCUACUGCCGACACAGAAGCCACACCCUUGGCACGUCUGUGCAGUUAUGACACAUGAUCUAUCAACGGUCAGGACAUGAGAAACACACACAGCUGUGUAAACACAAAAUGCAAAGACGGACACGCCAGGAGCAGCUGGGCCCCUCCCGCCCCCGAGGCUCCCCCUCCCUGCUCCUCGCAGCCAGCCCUGACACGCACUCUCCUUGACCCAAAACAGUGAGUCUGCGCUGCAGCCUGCAGUGGACAGCAAGACCACUGCCCCCCACAGGCCUGGGGCUCCCCCUCCCCCACCCCACCCCGCUCUGCCCCACCCGGGCCCCAGCUCCGCGCGUCCAGCAGGUGCAGCCUAAAGCCUCCGGCCCCACCCGGCAGAAGAGGGCAGCGCCAGUCUCUCCACCCGAGGCAGCAGGAAGAUGGAAACGUUACGACAGAAUUAAAGAAUAAAUUCUAGAACAACU